AAUCCACCUUCGGUUUUCCUCCCCCACAAAUCCCUAAAUCUCUCUUCUCUUCUCCACCUCCCUCUCUUUAGCCACGUAUACAUACACCAAGAAACAAAAACACUUAUCCUAAUUAAUUCUCAUGACCGCCACGAUCAAGAACCAAGAUCAAGAACCAUGACCGAAGAGGACAAGAACUCGAACAGCGUCCAGUGCUUAGACGAGUGGCCCGAACCGGUGGUCCGAGUCCAAUCCCUGGCGGAGACUAACCUCUCCGACCUACCUUGCCGAUACAUCAAGCCACCCUCUCAGCGUCCUAACCCAGAGGACGCAUCCUCCGACCAGCAAGGGCACGCAAACAUUCCGAUCGUAGAUCUGGCCGGACUUUUCUCCGACCAAACGGGUCAUCUCCAGACGGACAAGACAUCGAUCUUGGAAGAGGUGUCGGAAGCUUGUCGUGAGUGGGGAUUCUUCCAAGUGUUGAAUCAUGGAGUGAAACCAGAGCUCAUGGAUGCUGCGAGAGAAGCAUGGAGAGGGUUUUUCCACUUGCCCAUGGAGAUAAAACAGGGCUAUGCAAAUUCUCCAAAAACGUAUGAAGGGUACGGAAGCAGGCUUGGGAUCGAGAAAGGCGCGAUUCUUGAUUGGAGUGAUUAUUACUAUCUCCAUUUUCUUCCUUCGCGUUUGAUGGAUUCCAACAAGUGGCCUUCUUUGCCUGGUAACAUCAGAGAAGUGGUUGACGAAUACGGCAAGGAACUCGUGAAACUUGGAGGGAGAUUAAUGAAGGUAUUAUCGGUAAACCUGGGAUUAGGACAGGAUCAACUCCAGAACGCGUUUGGGGGAGAAGACAUAGGAGCGUGCUUGAGGAUUAAUUAUUACCCAAAAUGCCCUCGGCCGGAGCUUGCCCUAGGACUCUCCUCCCACUCCGACCCCGGCGGCAUGACCAUUCUCCUCCCCGACGAUCGAGUCGCCGGCCUCCAGGUCCGCAGACACGAUGCAUGGAUCACCGUUAAACCUUAUCCGCACGCUUUUAUCGUUAACAUCGGUGAUCAGAUUCAGGUACUAAGUAACUCGAGGUACAAGAGCGUGGAGCACAGGGUGACAGUGAACUCCGACAAGGAGAGAGUGUCGCUCGCCUUCUUCUACAACCCGAAGAGCGACAUCCCAAUCCAGCCACUGCGAGACCUUGUCGGUCCACACGGCUCUCCCCUGUACCCUCCCAUGACCUUCGACCAAUACAGGCUCUACAUCAGAACUCAGGGUCCACGUGGCAAAUCCCAUGUCGACUCUCUUUUGUCUCCUCCACCACCUCAUCGUCAUCCUUGAUUAUUUACCUACUAUAUAUAUAUAUAUAACACCCCUCAUUUAAAUAUGUUUUGAUUAUUAUAAUUAAAUCUGAUAUGCAUUCAUGCUUUUGUUCAUGAUUGACCGACUCUUAUAUACAUGUUGAUCUGUCUGUAUAUGUAUCUUGAAAUAACCAGCCAGAUUUUGGGAUAUUUAACUGUACGUUU